UAAAAUCGGUAUAUGUACCGGUCUAGAUAACUACCUGGGUCCUAUCCGCACACACACCUACAUAAGAAACCUAUAUAUUUGCAGGUACCUAGGUAAGUUUAGUAGUAAGCAUUAUUCAUGUCAUCUACAACAACCAAAGCCAAAUAAAAUCUGUAAGUAAACCUUGGCUAUUUCGUAAGCGACAGUGAAAAAAGAACACAUCGAAUCAUGGCGGCGGGCAAUAUCGACCUGUCAGAUAUUCGCGUGAAAACGCAGCCGCAUCAGCCAAUUCUGGAACGACUCUCCCAUGCGACUCUCAUCCAUCUCGUCCAGUCCAUAAGCGAGCUGAAGCACUGGUAUGAGAGCAAGUACCACCACCACGAAAACGAGCCAAACUUAUUAAAAACAUACCCAUGCCGGCCAACUUUACCCAUAAGAAUAUUUUUCCCCCCAGGCUACGACCCAAAAGACACCCAAACCCGCUACCCAACCGUCUUUAACACGCACGGCGGCGGCUUCUGCCUCGGCCACGCCUCCGACGACGACGGCUGGAACACGCGCUUCGCCCGCAUGUUCAACGUGCUCGUGAUCGGGCUGAACUACCGCCUCGCGCCCGCGCACCCCUUCCCCACCGCGCUCUACGACGUCGAGGCCCUCAGCCUCGCCGCCUUCGCCGACGCCACGCUCCCGAUCGACAAGUCGCGGGUCGCCUUCGCCGGCGGCUCCGCGGGCGCCAACCUCAGCAUGGGGCUGUGCCAGCUGCCCUCGAUCCGGGAGACGGUCCGGCCGCAGGCCGUGAUCCCGAUCUGGGGGUGGCUGGACCUGACGAUCCCGCAGGAGGUCAAGCUGACGACGCGCCGCUGGAAGCCGAGCCUCAGCAAGGGCUUCCGCAACGCCGGCUACGACAUGCUCACGUGGUUCUACCCCAAGUUCGUCUGGUCGUACGUCGACGGCGGCUUUGACCUGAGCAACCCGCUCGUGUCGGCCGUCUUCGCGCCGCGCGAGCACCUGCCGCCGCACAUCUUCUUCGUCAGCGCCGAGCUCGAUCAGCUGGCCCACGAGGCCUGGUGCAUGGCGAGUAGAUUGGCGGGUCGGCCGGAACCGACGCUACUGGACAAGGAAGGUCAGGAUGAGGUGACGGCGGAGAAGGGGAAGCUUAUUCUAGAUGAUGAGCAGUUCACGUGGCAGCAUGUUAGUGAGGAUGGCAAGUCGAGUGUGGGGUGGCUACUGGUGCCGGACCAGGUGCACGGGUUCGAUGCGCUGCCGCCGGGGUGGCACGACAAGGAGUCGCAGGAAGAUGCGGAUAUGAAGGCGGUGGAAUAUCAAAAAGUGCUGGGACAUUGGCUGUUGAACACGGUAUGGAAAUGAAGAUGUAAACUUGCUGGGCAGAACUGGGUUGGGCUGGAUUAGAUCGGUGUUGGGUUCAGUCGGCGAAGACGCACAAAGAUGCGGCGUUGGACGCUUGCUGUUGUGUUAAUGCUACCUCACGAGACCUCGACGAAUAGAAUAGCUGUAAUUUCCUAAUCAUUGUGUAACUAGAUAUGAAAGCGAUGUAUCUCAUUUUUAC